CCCAUCACCGCCCACACUCAAACAAGCAUCCUUUGUCCAUCUUUUUUUAUGUACAUGUAACUAUGUUCUACACACUCACUAUUGACACAUGGCAUGCACCACACGCACAAGCCCGCCAGCCAGCCGCUCUCCUGUACACUGACUACUCCAACCGCACUGACUGACAGCGAGACAGACCUAACCGCUGCACAAACAGACAACCUGCUUCCACACCUCUCUCUCUCUCAUGAGGCCGUGAGGUCUAUUCUGAAGCAGCCGUGCCAGUAGUAGACGUGCCGCACACCGCCAAUCACCUCGGCAGCCGUCUCACCGAAGUAGCUGAUCCACCAACACACACACACACUCACACACAUUAACACACGUGCUGAAGGAUGUGUGUGGGCGCCUACCUUCUGGAUGCGACAAGGGCUACUGCGGCGGCCAGCAGCUGCUGGUUGACGAACGCAUCCACGGCGCCCAACGCGGCUGUCUGCAGGCUGGACCGGUCGAUGUGCACCAGCUGGCCGGAGCCCUCAUGCACCACCAGCUUGCCAGACGUGCGCAAACCAGACACCUGCACGCAAUGCGCCACACACAGCACAGAACGGGUGUGAAUGUGUCGCGGCUGUAUGUAUGAGGCACUGACCUCUGUGACGUUGAGGACGCUCCACGUGUCUGCGCUGAGGAACCACUGCGUGUCGGCGGGCAGCCCCAGGUCGCUCUCUAUGUGGGCGGCACAGCGCAGGAAUGCCCCUAUCUGAUCCAGUCGAUGCCUGCACCACACACACACACACACACACAGACAUGUAUCUCUCCCUCUCUCUCCGUUUCUCUCCCUGACUCGCUCACCGUGGUGGGUCUUUCCACUGCUCGGGGCUCUGGUCGCCGGCGCGGAAGUGAAGCCCGAUGUAUGGCCUCUCGGGAUUGGCGAAUGUGCGCGAUCUCGCCCGUGCGACUUGCUCCAGCAGGAAUGGUGAUGGGCGGAAGAGGUAGUGGAAGACAUGAUGGGCCAGAUGGGGCAGAGAGAGCAGCCCUAGCGCGGCCGCACGGGACCUAGGGGGAUGCAUAGCAUGGAUAUCACCACACACAUCACAUCCAGGUCCCCUGACCGCAUGCGUCGAAUGCACCUGAGUGUUGGGUGUGUGAGGACUGCAUGGGCCCGCCUCAUGUUGGUCAUGACGAUCGCCGUCGGGGCCUCCUCCCCCACCAGAUGGUGCAGGUCGUCCAGCAGCGUGUGCACGUCGUCAAUGCCGUUAUGCCUCGAAGGGUCCGCCCACACCGCCCCCCCGGCCACUCGCCAAUCCACCCGAUUCGGCACCCACAACCGCGACCACAUAAUCGGCGUCCGGUGGUGCAGAAAGAACAGCCGCCCGGACAGAACGGCCAGCAGGAAGGUCUGGAUGAUGCCGUUCAGACGGUCCCCGUUGCCGCCGCACUGAGCGACCGACGUGCACGUGUAAACGAGGGCCUUUGUGUGGGCCUCCCCGGCCGGCCACUUGUAUGCGCCGUCGCCCUCUGCGGUCCUCCCAGCGGCCCUCACAGUGCCGACAAAGCGGGAAUGGCGUGCGGCAUAGUCGGCUAAGAGGACGUCCAGGGGGUUGGUGCACAUGUCGUCUGACAGAGGGUGGAGAGGGGUGGAGCCGACGGCGCAUGGGGCGUACUGGGUGAGCCGGCGUGCGUGGGCGGUGUGGGGGAUGGCCUGCAUCAGGGGGGCUGAGAAGAGGUGGGCUGGGGGAGUGGGGGUGUUGUUGACGAGGGCGUGGAGGUCGAUUGAGACGGCUUGCUGCAGAGAGACAGAAGAGGUGCAUCCACCACUCCCUGUGUGUGUGCGUGCGUGUGUGUGUGUGUGUGUGCUUACGGCUGUAUUGGCUGCGUAGAGGCUGCCUAUCUGGGCCCAAUCGAUUUGGCUGUGAUGGUGUCGCCGCCACACACACGUCACCGUAGAAUCUAUCACACACACAGAUAGACACACAUGAGUGUCAGGCCAACCAACACACCACACGUCCAUCCUCUAACUUGUGUGUGGUGUGUUCCACUGCCACGUCGCGUUGGCUAUGUGCCCCAUGUGUGUCGCCGUCAGAGUGCGCCACAGCCGCUUCUUUGGGAUGGAGUCCUCCACAAAGAUGAAGUGCACACCGCCCUGACACCCACAUACACACAGACACGCGCACACUGGAUGUGUUGAUCUCAUCUAUGGGUCUCACCUGAUUGGCUUUGAGCAGAGCGACUACGUCGCCAAGCGCCCGGUCCACCACCCAACGAGGCACACGGUUCGACAAACCUAUACACCCCCAACACACAAGACAGACACACCUUUCUCGUUUGGCUCACUCCCUGCUCACGCUGCCCAUUUCCAUGUACACCUACCGAUGAUGACGGCAGUGUCAUAUUGGCGGGUCUCCCUCAUCGAUGGCAGCAGCAAUGGCGGCAGCCACGCCGCUCGGGGGACGGCACCCGAGGUGUCAUUAUCGUUGUGCUUCGCCCACAUGAGGUGGGUGAAGGCGCUGCCCACAUCGGCCGUGUAGCACCACACUGCACACACAAAGACAGACAGACACACGCAUCUCUCUCUCUCUCUCCGUGUGUGUGCUGGAUGACUUACACAUGAGUAGUAUUUCCUCAGUGAUGGCGAGUGCGCCGCCGAAUAUGCUGCCAGCGACCCGCCCCACCCACAGCCGCCAGGAUAUGACGCCCCGGUACGACUCAAGCUGCUUUAACGUGCCCUGCUCGUCCCUCGUGCUGCUGCUGAAAUUGCUAUUGGUGUUGUCCAUGCGGAAAUCAUCAUGUUCUUCUUCUAUCGUUGGUGAUGUGUCUGGUGGUGGUGGGGAAAGGUCUCUGUAUGGGCGGAACGGCAGGGCGGUCUUGAAGGCCACAUCGUCCUCGAGAAAACUACGCAGCUGCACACCUAAAAUAUGAGCAUGCACACACAUCGAUGUCGAGGGUGCAUACCAUGCGUGUGGUCGGUGGGGACCUACCUGCGGUGAUUUCUUGCAGAUAGGCGACGGGCAGGCAGUCAUCCGUCCCGUUGCUCCUGGCAGCCCUCAACAGCUCCGCCGUCUCGGCGUACACAGCCGUGUAUGUGCCAUACAGCUGCUGGUAGGCGUCCAGCACCGCCAGAUGGAACACUCCACUCCGGUACUCAAAACUCCUCUCGUCCAAACAUCCACCCUCAGCCUCCCUCUCUAUGCACUGUCCCUCUCCCUCUGUCGCAUUUGUCGCAUUAGCAGUCGCAUUGACCGACACCACACGUGGCAAAAAGCACUGCCGACACAGCAUCUCGUCGGCCGCCUGCGCCAUGAAGCCCGUCGCCCGGUCGAUGACCGGCAAAGCCUUGCGGAUGGCCGCCAGCCGGCUGUUGAAGAGCUCCUUGACGGCAUCGAGGCACGCGGCACGAAUAUUGCUGUUGGUGUCGAGGGAUGGGUGGAAGUUGGUGAGGACGCUGUGGAUGGGGCUGCCGUAGACAGUCUUCAUCGACUCAACCUGGUCGAUCAUCGUCCGUUGCAGCACCGCCGUCUCGGCGUCACAGCACGAGUGGGACGAAUCAUGCCGGCUCCAGUCGCAGCGAAGGUGAUCUUUUGCCUCGGAUGCGCCGCCGUUCGGCAGUAGAGUGGCCGGUGAGCACAGCUGGGAGGAUGGUAGCAGUGGUCCGACGGGCAGCUGAUGGGCAGCAUGGGCUGAUGGCGUGGCGAUGAGGGAGAGAAAGGCGAUACGUAUCCCUAUCGAAAGCAGCAGCUGGGCGGCGUGGGUCAUGGAUCAGAC